UGUUGUUCAUUACUCCAAAAAAAAAAAAUCCAAAAAAGUAAAUAAAAAAGAACAACAAAUAACAAUGUCUGCGCCAAUUUGGCUCAACAAGAAAAAUUCACACUCAUUUUGUUGCGCAUGCGCAACGGCAUUACUCACGCUAUUGCUACUGAUCGACGGCGCGGAGAGUUAUGGCUUCGGCAGGUGUCCGAAAUAUCCAUCGAUGCCGAAAUUUAAUAUGAGCAGGGUACUCGGCCAAUGGUAUGAGGUGGAACGCUCUUUUUAUCUACCUGAAAUCGCUUCUGGCUGUACGCUACUGGAGUUCCAGCCAUUGCACAAAGAAAAACUCUCCAAAUUCGAUAAUUUCGAGCUUGAGGUAGCAAUAAAAACAAUAAACAGACUAACCGGCAACCCGUCUGUGAAUCUUGGCUAUGCGACGCCAGAGAAUCGAAAGUCUUCAAUUAUGGAUUUCAAGUUCAACUCACGCUUCCCGGAUGUAAUUGCGCGCUUACUACCCGGUUCGGGGAAAUACCAAGUGCUCUACACAGACUAUGAUAAUUUUGCAAUACUUUGGUCUUGUGGCAGUCUUGGCUCUAUUGGCUAUUCGGACCAAAUAUGGGUAUUCGGACGUGAUCGUGACUUUCCAGUAGAAGUGCGUACGAAAAUCUAUGAUGCCUUGAAGAAGUUGGGACUCGAUCCUGAGCGAUUGGUGUUGAGUAAAAAUAAAAAUUGCCCACAAACUUUAUAAUAGUUUUUGGUUUUUGCCAUCGAUGAAGGAAGCGGUUAAUUUUUUGUAGAGAAUCUGGAAAAAUAAUUUUUUGUAGAGAAUCUGCAAAAAUAUUUUUUUGUAGAGAAUCCGCAAAAAAAAAUAGUAAUAAUUGUGUUUCAUAAUUUUCCAAAUUUUUGUAAAAAUCAAUGAAACAAUAAUUUUAAUUUAAACUUAAUAAUCAUAUGAAAUUAACGCCUGAAAGUAGACUAAGAAUAGUUGAAUAUUCCUUCAAAAAGAAUUUACUAAUUUUUCGUUUUGUAAAUUUUUAUAAUUUUAGAUUGUUGCAUUUGCUUAAUUGUAAAAAUAAAUUAGAUUAGGUCGCUGUGAUAAUGUGAAAAACCAUACGAAAACUUUUAUGUUACACUGUACAUACAUAUUUAAUUAGGUGAUAUUUGUAAAAGAAUAUUUUUUAAGUUUUAAGUUGUAAA